GCACCUCCUCCUCCCAUGUCCCAGGGCGGAUACGUCCCGCAGCCCUCGAAUAGCCAUGUGAGGAAGCGGUCCUCACCAGAUGAUCACGACAGUCAUCACAGUCCUCACAAGCGGCCGAUAAGUACGCCCGCAUACAACAUGCAAGGCCCUCCAGGAUACCACCAACCACCUGCUCCUUACCCGGACGCCAGGCCUGUCAGCGGCAAUCCCGGUGGUAACCCUGCUUCGUACACGUAUGGAUCAUUUGAUCAGCCGCAGGGGCAAUACGGCGGUGCCUAUGGGCAGGAUACCGCGCCACGGAACCCCAAUCCCUACCAGAGUGGACCACCGCCUCCUGCUUCUGCUCCUGCCCCUGGACCUCCGCCAUUUGCCGGAAAUGAGCUCGCUGCACCUCCUUCAAAUUCCGGUGCUGCGUGGAGCAGCUCGUCGCCGGUUCCGCCUAACGGCAUGAAUUACUACCCGCAGGCAGCGUAUUCUCAGGCGCCUAUGCACCCCCUUCAACGUCCCCCACCCCCUCCUAUGCCUCAGUUCUCGAAUGGAUUGAACCCUGGUAUGGAUCCCUUUGGAGGUCAAGGAGGCGGUGAGGACGAGCCUGCGCCCGUUCUGUUCCGUACCUCAACCCUUUCAUCGAAAGGCCAGAUGCCUUUGUCGGCGAGCACCGCGAGUGCUUUGCCCCCGCCUCCCGCGCCUGGGGCGAACAGCAACAACCCUACUGACCCCAAUGCGCCCGGAUGGGUUUACCAAGGCAACAAGGCUACGCUCAAGAUCAUCGGUGAACUUGAUGAUAUGGGAUCCAACUGGUUACCGGAGGAAUGGGCUACCCGUAGACGACUGGUCCAGUUUUGGCGUCAGCAGAAGGGCAACACGAUUAACUGUACGUUCAGGCCUGUUCUUCCAGCGAACCGUGUACCGAACAGUAUCUGUGUGAGCUGUAUCUGGUGGGAGGAGAAGCAGGAUUGCUUCGUGACCAGUGUUGACUGUAUCUACCUCCUUGAGGCUUUAGUUGGAGUGCGUUUCACGGUGGAGGAGAAGAACCGUAUUAGACGUAACCUGGAAGGAUUCAGGCCCUUGACUGUCUCCAAGACCAAGCCGGAGAGCGAGGAGUUCUUCAAGCUUAUCAUGGGCUUUCCUAACCCGAAGCCGAGAAACAUUGAGAAGGAUGUCAAGGUCUUCCCUUGGAGAAUACUCGGUGGUGCUUUGAAGAAGAUUAUUGGGAAAUAUACUAUCCAAUCGGCGAGCUACGAGGGGCAGGAAGGGGUUACACCGGCGCCCCAACAGGCCACCCCUCCUGCUGCCUACAACAACUCUCAGCACGGACCUCCUGCCCCGCCACAGCAGCAGCCUUUCGAUGGACAACCCCAGUAUCAACCAGGUCCAUCACCGAACAUGCAGCAGCAGCACGGUUCUGCUCCGCAAUCUAGCCAGGCUGGUGACAAUGACAGCGCACACAGCGUACACAGUGGGCAUAAGUCUAGCAGUACUUCGCGUCCGCAGUCGCAGGCUCAUUACUCGCCUCAGCAGGCGAGGCAGCCGCCACCGAAGCUUCAACUGGAGAUGCCUCCGCCUAGCAAUAACGCUCCGCCGGCGGUACAGCCUUCUGCUUCUACCCUUCCCCAUCCACAGCCGAGUGGACAAGGUAACCAGUUGCCCGUUCCUGGAGGAAAUAUGUCCACGCUCCCGUCGCCAAACACUUACAGGCUGCCAUUCCCUGCGCCUAUUGGCGCCCCUGGUGCUGCGCGUGGUAGCUUUGACUUCUCUGAGUUUUUUUCACAGAGUCCGGCGACUGCGAAUCCGCAUGGGCAAGGUUUGGGAAUGUCAGGAAUGCCUCCGCCGACGAGUGCCUCGGAGAAUGAUGGUACGAGUAACGUAAGGGAUGAUGGUCCGGCAAAGCAGGAGGGAUGAGAGACUGGCGUUAAUGUAUGUGUAUGCUGAGGUGUAAGACGAUACACAGGAGUGUAUACUUGUUUUGGUUUUGCUAUUGAUUCAUACUUCGGCGGUGAGGCGGACCGGAUGGCUAAGACACGGAGGUCAUCGGAUAACACAUGGACUAAG